CUAUUUUUGAGUGAAUGGAGAUCCAACUCCUAGACAAAAUGAAUGACUUCAUAAAUAACUUGAGUGGAAGGCAUGGUCAAUGUUUCUAGUAUGUAGGGGAUGUCAACUUGCUGCUAAUUCCUAUUUGUGUCUCUUCUUUCAUAGAUAUAUCAGCUACAUGGAAGCAGGAAACCAAACAGGAAUUUUAGAGUUCAUCCUCCUAGGGAUCUCUGAGGACCCAGAAUUGCAACCCCUUAUAUUUGGGCUCUUCCUGUCCAUGUACCUGGUGACUGUACUUGGGAACCUGCUCAUCAUCCUGGCUAUUACCUCUUACUCCCACCUCCACACCCCCAUGUACUUCUUCCUCUCAAACUUGUCCUUGGUUGACAUCUCUUUCAGCACUGCCAUAGUCCCCAAGAUGCUGAUGAGCAUCCAUACAGAGAACAAAUCCAUCUCCUACAUGGACUGCCUCACUCAAGUCUAUUUUUCCAUGUUUUUUCCUAUCUUGGACACUCUUCUCCUGACUGUGAUGGCUUAUGACCGCUUUGUGGCCAUCUGUCACCCCCUGCACUACAUGGUCAUCAUGAAUCCACGCCUCUGUGGCUUGCUGGUUUUUAUCACCUGGUUCAUUGCGGUCAUGACAUCCCUCCUUCAUAUCUUGCUGAUGAUGCAUCUGACCUUCUGCAGAGAUCUUGAAGUUCCACAUUUCUUCUGUGAACUGACACAGAUUCUCAGGUUAUCCUGCUCUGAUACCUUCCUGAACAGCACAUUGAUAUAUUUUAUGACUGGUGUGCUAGGUGUCUUCCCCCUCAUUGGGAUCCUUUUCUCCUACUCACAAAUUGCUUCAUCCAUAAGGAAGAUGUCCUCAUCCGGGGGAAGGCGGAAAGCAUUUUCCACCUGUGGGUCUCAUCUCUCAGUCGUUUCUUUAUUUUAUGGGACAGGUGUAGGGGUCUACUUCACUUCUGCAGUGACUCACUCCCCCAAGAAAGUUUCAGUGGCCUCAGUGAUGUACACUGUGGUCACCCCUAUGUUAAACCCCUUCAUCUACAGCCUGAGGAACAAGGAUGUGAAGAGGGCCCUGGGGAGGCUCCUUGGCAGAGUAGACUCUUGUCUGUGAUAGAUCCAUUGACAUCAGGACUAAGAGGUUUUGUGGGUACCAGUGGCAAAAAUUUCAUUCUGAAUUUCUUACUCCUGCAUCUCUCAAACCAUCUUGUUCUUUCACCCAAUCCUGAAAGAUCUAUGAUUUUGCCCUCUUCUAGUUUUUAGCAUGUAUUUAAAGAA